AUUUUUUUUUUAGCAUUUUUUUUUGUGUUUGCAGUAGUGCAGUGCAUUUUACCCUGUUACAGUGUGAGUAUGCUUGACGAUUGUGAGAAUAUACAGUCGAUAGAAAGAAAAAAGUCGCCUCCAUUGCAUAAGGUCCUGCUAAUAAAUACUGUAAACGCAUUGUAUUCUUGACAUUGCAGCUUAGUACAAUUUUGUACAUUAUGGCUUACCCAAAUAUAGCACACUUUUCCAUUUCGAUGCAUUCAAAUACCAAUAAUUACAUGUAAGGGCAAUUUGAUAAUAAUCUCUGGCCUGCCUGGCAAGUACAAUACUACUCUGUCAGACCAUUCCAACAAUGAAUAAAUUGUUGACUAUCUUGAAUUAUCAAAUACAAGUUACUGGUAAGAUUUUGCUUUCUUGUGAACUGAACUGAUUUGGUCUACUGUAAAUGGCCGUUCCGCAGGGGUAUUAUGCAACUUUGAAAAGGAACAUUACGUAAGAAUUUUUUGACAGUACGGAAUUUUGUGACAUUACGUUAGAUUUCUUACGUAACGUCAUAUUUUUCCUACUCAAUAUCAACUUGAAACUAGCUGUCGUUUACUCUAUGUCCUCUCGUGAUUUGUACUAAUGGCUACUUCAUUUGACCCAGUGAACAAUUUAACGUAGUAAGAUUUUCACGUAAUACCCCUGCCGGACUAUCAGAAAUUCGUUGUUGGAAAGAACCGUGCAACUAUAUUUAAUUUACCAAAACAGCUUGUCAAGACAAAUACUUUCUGUGAUAAGAAUCAUCACUUUUGUGAUGCUUUCACUAUUAUACAAGACAUAACAGGACCAUGCAUCAUUUUCCUGGGCGACAUUAUUUCUUCCUAUCGCCUGUACAUCAUUUAUGAACCGCGCCGUUUCUGCUUAUAGAAAUCAUCUUCUAUGCCUCGAAUAACGAGGAGUAUGCCCAACUCAAGGUGUACAAUACUGAUAACGUUCGAUAUGGCUGCACCAAGUGUAGAAAGACGUACUCUCAGAAGAAGACCCUUGGUCGCCACCUCAGGUUCGACUGUGGACAGGUGCCUACUUUUGUCUGCACGGUUUGUGGAAAGAAGUUCAAACAUGGGUACAUUCUGCUAAAGCACAUGCGUCAUACUCACGAGAUCAACAUUCAGAAGCUACGUCACAGACAGGUCAGAACAGAGGUUGUGGCGUCAUCACCCUUCCAGCCUGUUCAAGUUAUAGUGGAGGAAAGUCAAGGCAGCGAUGGUGAGACAAGCAAAGCUAAGUUAAAAGUAAUUCCAGAGGCGGCAAUACAAAUGAUUGAUCCGGAUGAAACUGUAGUUGAAAAUGAGUAAAAAUUUACAGUAACAAAUAUUUUUCUCAAAAUGAUUCACUAUUUUACUCAGUCGUCUGACAAUGGAAGCAAAUGUAAUUUUUAUCGUUCUCAUUGAGUGGUCGCCAUAUUUAUGUUUCCAUUGAGGAGUACCAGAAAACCGUCUAAUCUUUUACGCCUAUCUAUUGUCUCCUUAUCACUUUUCAUACUGGGGCAAUCUUCUUGAAACAUUCAUAUUUGGUAAACUAUUAGUUUGGCUUUUGAUGUGGAAUAUUUUUUCUAUCGACGUAACAUAAAAAUCUGUAGUCAUGUGCGUUCUGUCAGGAAAAUAGUGAAUAAUUGUAGUUAACGACUAAGUGACGUUGCAGUAAGGAGGCCUUAGAUAUAGAGGGCCAUCUACUUUUUUGGUCCUUCUACUUUAAAGUGCAGUAAAAAAUAAGUUGUGUUUUUUAUUUUACACAAACGUGUCGCCGGAUAUUGUUAACGGUAGCCACUAAAUAAGAUUCUGAUUUUUCAUCGUUUUUUAUGUGAUGAUUAGUCAGAGAAGUUAAAUAUGUAAUCUCACUGAAGCAAGAUUUUUUCUAUUGCGUGAUAAGCACAUUUCAUAAACUGAAGAGUGUUUUGUUGAUCACGUAUUAUUAUGAUAGACAAAUAUCUAUAACUGAAAGUCCCUGUACCACAAAGUAAUAGAACAUGUAUAUUCAACCCGAGCUGUUAAUAUAGUUCACUACCAUUGACGUUCCAACAUUAUACGUAUAUAGUAUCAGCUUAAUUGCUAGUACACCCUGGCAUUAAAUUGUUGCGUUUGAUCGAACGCGCAUCGACUAUGUUGACAUCUAUGUCAAUGUUAUGCUGAAAGGGUGUUUUUCUCCAGCUCAACAAUUUAACGCUCGUGUCUACUGGAAGUAAACCUUCAAAGAAUGCAGAGUACAAUGGUGAAGCUAUCAUUUCAAAUUAAAAAUUUGUGAAAGAAAUCUUUUCAGUUUUUAUACUUAUAUUAUAGAAAAUAAUAAGUUACUUUUUCUUUUUUAAGUUAAUUUCCUUCUCAAAGAAUGAUACUUUUCAGUUUAUUUUUUUUUGUGAAAACUGUGUUAAUUUAUUGAAUGCAAAUUUUGCAUAUCUUUUACCUUAGUAAAUAAGUGCGUGUAAGUUGCCGUAUUCUAUGAAACGUUCUAGUCAUAUGUGAAACAGCCAUAUGUAAGUACAAGCUUUUAAAAGGGUUUUAAACAUUGUAGCUCUCUUAGUACAAAUGCAAAUAACGUAGGCUAGGUAUUUAUUGUAGACAUUUAAGCUUUGCCAUAUUCGUAUCUAGUCUUUACAUAACGGGGAAUCGUUAGUAUUGGACAUGGGCAGAUUAUUGAAUUUCAGCAAAUUAGUCAAAAUCUGAUAUGUAUUUAAUCUGACAGCUUCUUAAACUCAAAAAAUUAUUAUUGAAAUUACAAUAUUAAAUUUUUUUUUCUAACUAUCAUUCAAAUGAAUAUUAUUUUACCAUUACUAACAAUAUUGAUGUCACAUUAUUGUCUUUUUUAGAAUACCCAUGUUCUAUAAGCUAUACGAUUUUCAAAAUGUGUUUAUUUAUGUGAGAUACUUAGGUUAAUUAUUUAUUUGUGUAAAGCUAACUUAAUAAAUUAUGAAG